GAUAAAAAGUUAGCAUAAUUUUGUAACAUUUUGUGUUUGCGGCGAAUAUCGAGAGUGAAAGUUUACGACGGAAGACAAUUUUUUUUUGCAAAUUUCGGAUCAAAAAUGAAUUCAAAAAUAAUUUUCCAAAUUUUCACAAUUUUCUGUGUCAUAAUCGGCUUCACAUUAGCUGCCAAGCCCGUAACUCCCAAACCGACAGUCACUGACGAGCAAUUGGACAAAGCUUUGCAAGAUAAACGUUAUUUACAGCGACAGUUAAAAUGCGCACUUGGCGAAGUCCCUUGCGAUCCAGUUGGAAAACGAUUGAAAAGUUUGGCACCGCUCGUACUGAGAGGAGCAUGUCCGCAAUGCUCGCCAUCAGAAACGGUUCAAAUUAAGAAAACUUUGGUACAUUUACAGAAAAAUUUCCCCACAGAAUGGAACAAACUUAUCCAAACCUACAACGGUUGA